AUAUCUACAUAUUUAUUUACAGUCGUCUCUCUCACAUCUUGGUUUCAUUUUCUUUUUCUCUUUCUCCACCUACACUUCAGUCUGUCUCCCUCUCCCUCUCUCUCUUCUUGAAACGUGCAUUGGUGAAGCCUGAAACGAUUGCUUUCUGCAUCUGCGUGCAAAACUCAGCUAUAUGCGAGGCCCAGAUCGGAUUGUUUAAGCUCUGGAAUCUGGAGCAGCCACCAUCAACAUUCAGUUGCACAAGGUGAAUGUUGUUGGUUGUUGGUGAAUGAAAAAAUCUGGCUUCGAUGAAUUGGUGAUUGACUGGAAUUGGGAUUUGAGUUUGUUGAAAGGAAGUCCAUGAUAAGGUUUUGCAAUGGGAUACCUAAACGUGGAGAAGAAAUGGGUGUUUCCUCUUGUGAUAAGCUCACUUAUAUUGGUAUUUCUUCUUGCAACUUCCUUCAACAUGGGCCUUGUCUCUUCACUUCACACAAUCAAUUCAAUUUUCUCUAUAAUCCCAACUCGGCUGUCAGCAAAUCAGACGAGGCCAGAUUUUGCUGAAACGAAGGUUGGACAAUCUCCGCCUCCUCCUUAUGGUCCAAGAAUACCACGCUUUGCUUAUUUGGUUUCUGGGUCAAAAGGUGAUUUAGAAAAGCUUUGGAGAACUCUUCAAGCGCUGUAUCAUCCCCGGAAUCAGUAUGUUAUCCAUUUAGACCUUGAAUCACCGGUAGAGGAAAGACUAGAGCUUACUUCUCGGUUGAAAAAUGAUCCAAUGUAUAGCAAGGUUGGUAAUGUUUACAUGAUCACCAAGGCCAAUCUGGUUACUUAUCGGGGACCCACCAUGGUUGCUAAUACACUUCAUGCUUGUGCCAUUCUUCUCAAGAGAAAUGCAGAAUGGGAUUGGUUCAUCAAUCUCAGUGCUUCAGAUUAUCCUCUUGUGACUCAAGAUGAUCUUCUUCAUGUGUUUUCCAAGUCGGACCCCGGUCUUAAUUUCAUCGAGCACACAAGCCAGCUAGGUUGGAAAGAGGACAAGCGAGCAAUGCCAUUGAUCAUAGAUCCUGGCCUUUACAUGACAACGAAGUCAGAUAUUGUUUGGGUCACACCACGACGAGACUUGCCAACAGCAUUUAAACUAUUUACAGGUUCAGCAUGGAUGGCUCUGUCACGAUCUUUUGUGGAAUACUGUGUUUGGGGUUGGGAUAAUUUGCCAAGGACCUUGCUCAUGUACUACACAAACUUUGUCUCCUCCCCUGAGGGCUACUUUCAGACUGUUGUCUGCAAUGUACCGGAGUAUGCAAAGACUGUUAUCAAUCACGACUUGCACUACAUUUCUUGGGAUAAUCCCCCAAAGCAGCAUCCCCACAUUCUUUCCCUUAAUGACACCGACAAAAUGAUUGCAAGUGGUGCUGCAUUUGCCCGGAAAUUCAAACAAGAUGAUGCUGUUUUAGAUAAAAUUGAUCGAGAAUUACUUGGCCGUAGUAGUGGGGGCUUCACCCCUGGGGGCUGGUGUGCCGGAAAACCUAAAUGUUCCAAGGUAGGGAACUUGUCCAAGAUCAGACCAGGUGCAGGAUCCCGGAGGCUUCUCCAGCUAAUAACUAAGCUAACCUUGUCAGCUAGACUAGGUGAAAAUCAGUGUACAUAGUUUCGACUGAAGUCUCUUGCCAGCGGAUUGAAAAAAAAAACUUGAAAAUCAGAAAAAGGAGGUUACAAAAUUCUUUCUGUUCACAAGCUGAGCAACAACUUGGACAUUAUGCCGAAUGAGUUGCAGCGGUGGCCUCAUCCUCGGGUUAGAAGUAAAGCUAUGUUAGUGUGAUUAGAACAUUAAACAUACAAAACCAACAUGGGGAGUGCUGUUCGGAAUUGAAGAUGAUGGCCACGAUCGUCUUUCCGGUAAGGCUAGAAUUUAUAGAAACAUUCAGGGAUACACAGAGAUUCUCUCAUUGUUUUGUUUCCUAGAGUUCAGAUUCUUAAAAACUCUUAUUCCACAUUACUUGGAUGAAUAAUAUACAGUUCAAUCUUAGUUUUUGGUUCUCAUUUCUAGAGCA